AUGAUGAGCAGCAUUACCGGAACCCUCGUCGGCUGGGUGCCCCCAACACGCGCACGCUAUGACACGAUUCUCAAGCUCUGGCAGACCAUCAUGCCGUCGUUUGCCAGUAUCCAAUGGUUGACCAAGUGGAACGGCAUGGGCAAGACCUCGCAGCCCUCCAUGUUCAACCUCCCCGGCCGAUGGGCGUGGUUCUUUAUGGAGAUCCCCGGCUUCCUCGCCGUCCUCUACUGCAUGCGCACCCUCCCCGCGCAGCUCGGCCUCGUCGCGCUACCAUGGCAGAACAAAUUGCUCGGCGGACUCUACGUGCUGCACUACCUCUACCGCGCCGUGGCGUUCCCGUUCUUGCAGCCGAGCAUCAACGACAUGCACAUCCUCAACGCGUCCAGCGCGCUCCUAUUCCAGAUCACGAAUGGGGUGUGCCUCGGCAGCUGGCUCGGUGGCUAUGGCCCUGUGACGCAGGCGCAGUGGGCAGGGCACGUGUCCGCGACGCAGUUUGUCGGGGGCGUGGUGAUUUUUGGUCUAGGCCUGGCGGGUAAUUACUUUCAUGACGAGCAUCUACGUGAUAUCCGUCGCAGGGCGAGGGCGAAGCAGGCCAAGACGGCGGAUGGGGAGAAGAAGGCGAAGAGAACAUAUGAGAUUCCUCAAGCGGGAUUGUUUCAGUAUCUUUUCUAUCCGCAUUACCUGUGCGAGUGGGUUGAGUGGUUUGGGUUUUGGAUGGCGUGCGGAUGGGGGUGCGCGCCUGCCAGGGCGUUCCUGGUGAAUGAGAUUUUUUCUAUGCUACCCAGGGCGGUGAACGGCAAGGCGUGGUACAGGGAUUCCUUUGGGGAGGAGAAGACAAAGGGGAAGAAGGCUGUUCUUCCGGGGAUAUUGUAA